CAGCAGCAGCAGCAGCAGCAGCAGCAGCAGCAGCAGCAGCAGCAGCAGCGUGAGGCACGUUUCUCUCUCACGAGCAUCAACAGUGAAGAGGAGCAGGAUGACAGCGCUGAGUCGCUGAGCCGGAGGAGGAAGUGAGCACGCCAUACAGAAAAGGAGCGGGCCAAAGCAGACGUCAGGAGAGAGAGACGGCAAAUCCACAGCUACUUUUUUGGGAGUCUCUUUUUUUUACAGUUACACAAACAACCAUACGGAUUCAGCUGUGACUGUCUUCAGUAAUCCAGAGGAGGAGGAAGUUUACCGAUAGAUCUCAGAGUCGCAGCAGUUUUUUUUAAGACUAAACGUGGUGCAGAAAUGUCCUGGUUGUCCCCUGUCCAGUGGGCCAAAUGGACAUGGUCUGCAGUGACUGGGAAUGGGGGGGAGAACGAGGGGCAGCAAGGACCCGAGGAUGAUGGAGAGGCAAAUUCAGACUCAGAGGGGAACUUUGAGACUCCAGAGGCAGAGUCUCCAGGUGUCGUGAAGCUGCUGAGCCAACUGGACAUCACCAACCAAACAGCUCAUCCUGAUGUUACAAACCACUUCCUUGACAAGAACUCCAACCAGAACAUCGGUCCAGUGUCAUCCCAAGACGUCGACUCCUUAAACAACCUUACCAGCUCCUCACAAAAUGGUAGCAGCUUUGGUUUGGACCAGAACCUCAACCUGACCCUCUGCAGCAAAUCUAGUCCUGGUGAGGGUUUCUCUCCAUCCAGCUCUCUUCCCCUGCCUCAACCCCAAAGGCCCCCAUCGCUGUUGGUCCUCUCUCCGCUUAACAAACCUGAUCCUUCAGAAGUGGACGAUGAGGCUCCUGUGACGUCUGACUCCAGCCCAGACUCAAACUUGAUCCCCACUCAUGGCAUUUGUGUGGAUCCUGAUUUGCUUAACGGCAACAUGAACUCAAAUGCAAAACACAGCCCGAUCAUCACGAACUCUUGUAAAGUUCAGCCAAAUCAGCACAUGCAGAAGGACCUCAGCGGACAGGAUGAGCAUCACAGAGACCACGCCACAGAUGAAGAGAAGUUGGCGAGCAGCGUAGGUGUCAAACCAGACAAGGACGAAAGCAACUGCCAUGAGGCAUCACAACCUGAGGACUCAGACUGCUGCUCCGCGCAGUUUGAGGAUCCGUGCAAGCUGAAGAACAAGUCAGGGGGAACUGAAAUGCAGAAAACAGGAAGUCAAGCGGAUUCCAUCUGCAUCAGUGAGGCAGAAAAACAGGCUGUUCUCACCCUCAAUUAGAGAGGAGGUACAACAUAAAUCACACUGAUCCAACAUGAAAUCAUCACUAAGGAGGUGGAGGCCAAUGACUGGAAGAAAAAGUGUGAGAGCAGCACAGAAGUCACUGAGAUGAGGAAAAUUGUUGCAGAAUAUGAAAAGACAAUCGCUCAGAUGAUUGAGGACGAGCAGCGCCACAACGCGAUCCAGAAGGCUUUGCAGGCUGUCAUUGCAGAGAAGGACGCUGCCCUUUCAGACCUGAACUCAGUGGAGCGCUCUCUCUCUGACGUGUUUCGGCGUUAUGAAAACAUGAAGAGCACCCUGGAGGGUUUUAAGAAAAACGAAGAGGUGCUUAAGAAGUGUGCUCAGGAGUAUCUGGCCAGAGUCAAGCAGGAGGAGCAAAGAUACCAGACACUGAAACUGCAUGCUGAGGAGAAAUUAGACAAAGCCAAUGAGGACAUCGCUCAGGUGCGUGCAAAGGCCGGCUCGGAGAACAUGGCACUGACCGCCAGUCUGAGGAAAGAACAGAUGAAGAACGAGUCUCUGGAACAAUCUCUGCUGCAGAAGAAUCAAGAGAUGGAGGAACUCACAAAGAUCUGCGAUGAGCUGAUUGCCAAAAUGGGGGAAAAUAGACUGAGAGACACUUUUUAGGUAUCAGCUCUUUCAGUCCCUCCAGUCCUUUUCAACAGUGACACCCUGUGCAUGUCCCCCUAGCAGAGGUGCCGCUCUCAUAUCCUCUGACAUCCUGCAUCAGAGACAGCUCGUGUACAGAUGUCAAAAGUAACUUCCUGUGUACUAAAAUUGCACUACUUAUGACCAGAAUCAAGAAGAUUCUUUACAUACCAACUAUUGUUUAAGAUGGGACCCUGCUCAGUGUUUAUGGUUGUGUUGUUUGUCUGCAUUUCUGGCCAUAAUGAGGCCAUCUGGACCUCCUGUGCUUCCGUCCAUCGUACCAGUGUACAACAACCUGCUUGUGACUCAACUUAAAUUCCCACCAGCUUAACAGCUAAUUUGCCAGCAGCUCCGCGUGCUGGAUGACAUCAUUCAGGCAGGGGUUGUUUUGGAGCUACAUUAAGGCGUACAGUUUGUUAUGAUGAGCUUUGACAAGGAUUGUUUUGAAGUAACAAUCUAGUAAAUGUAUAUUUUGAAGAAGUAAAUACUCUAAAUAUGGAAAGCUCAGGGGUGUUUUGUUGCUCAACAAGAGGUCAAAUCAAGCUGUUCAAGAGCUGGAGGGAAGGAUUUAGGGUUGUUAAAGGAAACAUGGUUGUCCUUAGUUUGAGGCCUUAGAUUGUUCAGCAGUAACACUGAAGCCAGACUGAGUCUGGACCAGGUGUCAGUAAAACUUCAGAUAAUUCACAGCUUUACAUACUUAAAGUUUGCACAGAGAAACAGCCACAUUGAAGUAUAAUAACCUGACAAUCACGGACUUAGCUGUGACUGUACCAGCUUUGUCUAAUUGUGUUGUUUGAGCCACAAAAUCAGAGAUCACUCAUACUAAAGUAGACAGAGAAAAGUCAACACUAAAUGCUCACUCUUUUGCCAAGUUUCCAGACAGUGAGUCUAGAUUAAAUUUAAGAUGUUUAAACUAUUUUAAGUUCUGCAAGUGCUGCAUAAUUCAGUAGUUUUUAUUCAGUUUUUUCAAAUCAUCACUGUCACAGACUGAGAGGAAAAACAAAGUGACGGCUUUGUUAGAGAUUCUAUGAUUUUCUUUAAUGUGUUUCCGGCACAGCCAGUGCUUUUCUUCAAAAUAUCUGUUUCUUUGCAUGUUAUUUUUUUAUUGCUUCACAUUUAUAAGGUAGCAGAUUCAGCAGUAGACCUUGCUGAUGAUGUCGACUCAGAAACCAGGGUUCUGAAAGGUUUCAGAACUAGUACCUGUGUGUUACCUGAGUUAUUACUCUGGUUGAUGAAAAAACAAAAUAACAUACAUUCUAUUUUAUAAAGACUGAACUUUCUUUAACAAGUAGCAAAGGAGCGUGAAGUUCCUGCAACCUUGAGAUUUCAAUCAGGAUAUGUGUGGUCAAAGAAGCUGAGAGAAUCUGGGAGAGGAUUUAGUUUCAAUUUUUGGCUCUUUCAGUUGUCAGCACUCAGUCCUUUGGAGUCUGGGACAAUUUGAACAAAGUUUGUUUGAUGCCCAGUCUCCUAAGCACCUUGUACAUCCUCCUAAAAAUCCAACCCACUUGUGUGCCACAGUUCAUAUUUGUGCCAUUCUAAUCUCAUGCUCCAUCUUGUUACACAGCUGCUUAGUCUUUGUCUUAUGAAAUACUGUUUACCACUUCAGUCCCUUUCUUUGAUUACUGUUUUGUACUGUAUAUGUAUAUUUAAAGCAGAGAUACAGACAGAAAGCAAGAGUGUGUGUACAUUUGCUUGAAUAAAAUUAGAUAUAAUUUC